UUCUCGGCAGCUACCACGCGCCACCACGUCAUGUGGUUCUCAUAACAACCAACUGGGGAAGGAGGCGAGAGAGAGAGAGACCGCGUCUGACACCCGCCAUUCGCCCGGGGUUUGAUCUACCACAGUGUGUUGUCUUUUUCCAAGGAAGGAGCGGAAAGAUUUAAGCCGUCCGACCGGUCUGUUUUCGACGUCCCCUGCCCCAAACUAGGCGUGCCCCUCUUCGGCUCUUGAUUUGUGCAUGCCGACCCUCCGGACCUCCUCAUUCUGACCAUUUCCCGCUCUCAGUGUAGAUUCGUGCAUCUAGAAGACGUCUCAAGAAAAGGAUGGGGUACAACGUGCGCGCGGCGUGGUGUCUGGGGAUUCUGCUGGUCCUGCUCGGCUGUGUCAGCCUGCUGACGGGCAUUGUUGGCCUGGCGGUGUGCUAUGGAUACUGUGCACCUCUGACGGCGGUAGUCGGAGCCCCCAUUUGGAGCAGCGUUAUGGUCAUAGCUGCUGGAGCUCUGGCCAUCGCGAGUGCCAGGGAGCCCUCCAAUGGAUGUAAGAUCACAGGUUUCCUGACCUGCAGCCUGCUGGCCAUGGUGCUCACGCUUGUCACCUGGGUGUUGGGAGUGAUUGACAGCACCCUGGACACGUCACGUGAUGACUACAUCAGGAUCGUGGACUACGUCAUCCCCACCGCUGCGGCUAACAACACAGCCGCUCCCCCGCCGUACAAGACCUGGAAGGACAGUCAGGCAGCCCUGCUCAUCGUCAUCAUCGUGCUGGCCAUCAUCGAGUUCCUGUUGUGCAUGAUCAUGUCCAUCGUCAGCUGCUCAGGACUGUGUGCAGGCUACCAUGGACACGAGGCCCCUGCUAUCGUGGUGUAUGAUGGUACGAGGGCCACUGCUCUGAGGCCAGGCAUGCGCGCUGUGCAACAGCCAGACGGAAGCAUCAAGGUGGUCAAGUCAGGCAAAACCCAUGAGAGUGACAACCCAGAGAAAGAACCCAUGAAUGUGUGAACGUGGCACAGCUACAGGGCACAGCUACCAUCUCUACAGAGAGGGUUCCAUCUGCCAGUCAGGCUCAACAAGUUUCAACAGUUGCAAAGGAGACUGGUGCUACUACAAGAUGAUUUGAUCAAAUUUUUAAAGCCAUAUUGUUGCCAUUUUUUAGAAUAACAAAAAAAGAGCAAAAUUUGUUCUGUAUUCCAGCCAUAUUUGUGUUGUUUUUUCAUAAAGUUAGAGUCAGACACAAAUUGAUGUGCCUUACAUUUGCAAAACUGUGUACUGAGUGUACUGCCUAUUUUGUAGGAACAAAAGGAGUAUCAAUUUUGAUUUUUUCCACACUCAUCAUGAAGGAACUCAAUCUUCCACAUAUUCAUCAAUGAAGGGCUUUGCUUAUAGACAUUAUGCACUUGCAUUUAAAUCUCAAAACGUUUAGACCCAAAAAUUGACUCUAUGACUUAUGACAUAAUAAUUAGCAUUUGAGUUGUUUUUAUCUGCACAGAAAUUAUAGGUGUAUUUCUGAGAACAUAACAUGUGUCAUUUUUGCACAAGUGUUGUAUGGCAUUUAUUUCCUUAUUUUUGAUAAUUUUUUUAUUGAUUCAUUGAUUGACUUGGUAUGAUGUUUAUUGUAGUUAUAAUAAGCAAGCAUUCCUUAGGUGCCAGAUGUAGGGUUAAAUCAUUGAUUCCUAUGUAGAGAGGAAAUGUUCCCCCCUUCUCACCUAUGGCACCUGUAGUGUUGUUAGGAGGUUUUGAACCCUACCAUUCCUGUAAUGGUUUUACCCAAAUGGCAGAAGUUCUAUGCAUCAAUCUGGUCACAGCUUGUACAGGUUGACAUGGUAAGGCUGGAAACAUUGGAUAAAAAAAUGGCUUCCUCUCUGAGAGUUUUGCCAAAAAUCUGCACGUUUCAGAUUAACUUGAAAAAUUAUGCCCAAAAACUGUAUCCAAUGUCUCUAUGCUUAACCAUUCUUGAUGUAUUAACAGGGCUUUUGUAUAUGCAUUCCAGUAUUAUGUAGCCUGAAGUAAGUUAGAUAAAAAGGAUUGCACUGGGAAUCAAAGAGCAGCUAAUUCCUUAACAAGCAAAGCCUUAGGAAAGAUUUACCUUUGUACAGCACUCGCCUUAUACUUUAAUAAUGUAUUUUCAGAUAUAUUUCUUUCAUGUUCCUUACAGGGAUUGUGUAGUUACAGUACAGGGAUAAUGCAUGGAGUUCCAACAACUUGAAGGGACACAUUUUAAGGUUUUUACUGCUGAAACACAGGACUUUAGAUGUUAGUUUGUCAAUUGAACUGCAGCUCAACCAGCACCAAGCCUAGAAAAGAAGUAUAAGGAAGUCGUAAGACAAGCUUGGAAACUUGCAGAGCAUGGAAGGGAUUUAUUGUAAGGUAGUAUCUCUAACAAUAAAGUAACAUGCAAAAAAGGUA